GCUCGCGGACAGUCGGCGCGCGGGCCGGCCCGGGCCGGCGCCCCGUCUAGCUCUCUCGCUUGCGUCUCCCGGCGCCCCGGGGGAUGCCCCCGGCCGGGCCUCCCCGAUGGCCGCCGACGUCUUCAUGUGCUCCCAGAGCCGGCCCCGCAGUCGGGGCCGUGCCGUGCUGCUGAAGCCCCAGGUGCCCGAGGACGACGACGACUCUGACACGGAUGAACCGUCCCCGCCGCCCGCCUCCGGCGCAGCCACCCCGGCCAGGGGCCAGGCGAGCGCCGCGCUACCGCCGCCCAAGGCCGGGUCGGGCCGCGAGGAGCCUCCGCGCCGCCAGCAGAUCAUUCACAGCGGCCACUUCAUGGUGUCGUCGCCGCACCGGGAGCACCCGCCCAAGAAGGGCUACGAUUUCGACACGGUCAACAAGCAGACGUGCCAGACCUACAGCUUCGGCAAGACCAGCUCCUGCCACCUGUCCAUCGACGCCUCGCUCACCAAGCUCUUCGAGUGCAUGACCCUGGCCUACAGUGGGAAGUUGGUGUCUCCGAAGUGGAAGAAUUUCAAGGGCCUGAAGCUCCAGUGGAGAGACAAGAUCCGGCUCAACAACGCCAUCUGGCGGGCCUGGUACAUGCAGUACUUGGAGAAGCGCAAGAACCCCGUGUGCCACUUUGUCACUCCGCUGGACGGCUCUGUGGAAGUGGACGAGCACCGCCGGCCAGAGGCCAUCACCACAGAAGGAAAGUACUGGAAAAGCCGCAUAGAGAUUGUGAUCCGGGAGUAUCACAAGUGGAGAACCUACUUCAAGAAAAGGCUCCAGCAGCACAAGGAUGAGGACCUUUCCAGCCUGGCCCAGGACGAUGACAUGCUUUACUGGCACAAGCACCGGGACGGCUGGAAGACGCCAGUCCCCAUGGAGGAGGACACGCUGCUGGACACGGACAUGCUCAUGUCGGAGUUCAGCGACACCCUCUUCUCCACACUCUCCUCCCACCCGCCCGUGGCCUGGCCCAACCCCCGUGAAAUAGCACACCUGGGAAACGCAGACAUGAUUCAACCUGGGCUGAUUCCUUUGCAGCCCAACCUGGACUUCAUGGACACCUUUGAGCCCUUCCAGGACCUUUUCUCUUCCAGCCGCUCCAUUUUUGGCUCCAUGCUGCCUGCACCCGCCUCAACGCCUGCACCAGAUCCCAACAGCCCACCUGCUCAGGAGAGCAUCCUGCCAACCACCGCUCUCCCUACCACUCUCCCCACUGCAAGCCUCCCCGACAGCUUCAUCGCGCCCCCCGCAGCCUCUGCCCUGGACCCCACGAGUGGGCAGGGCUGUGAACACCCGCCCCAGCCUGGGGACCCCUUCAUCCAGCCCGCAGACCUGGGUCCCUCAGCACCGCCCCUGAGCGGCCCCCAGCCUUUCCUGCCCGUGUUUACCAUGCCUUUGCUCUCGCCCGGCCCCGCCCCGCCACCUCCUUCCCCUGUCUUGCCAUUAGGCCCCCCUCCCGCCACUGCCCUGAACCCCCCAACUCCCUCCGCCUUCCUGCAGCCCCAGAAGUUUGCCGAAGUUGGCAAGUCGCCCUCCGUCAUCACCCACACGGCCUCUGCCACCCUCACCCAUGACGCCUCUGCCACCACCUUCAGCCAGAGCCAGGGCCUCAUUAUCACCACGCGCUAUCCACCCCCCUCCGGGUCCCCCUAUGGCCUGGCGCUGUCUCCUGUCACCCAGCCACCAACCGUCGGGCCUCCCCAACCCCGUAUGACUUUUGUGCAUCCCAAGCCUGUCUCCUUGCCUGGGGGGAGGCACAAGCAGCCCCCCAAAAUAGUGCCUGCUCCCAAACCAGAGCCAGUGUCCGUGGUGUUGAAGAACGCUUGCCUCACCCCAGCUGCCUUCCCAGGCCAGCCGCAGGCAGUGAUCAUGACGUCAGGCCCUCUGAAGAGAGAAGGGAUGCUGGCUUCCACCGUGUCCCAGUCCAGCGUGGUCCUCGCGCCUGCUGCCCUCACCAGGGCUCCUGGAGUCACAGAGUUCCCCAGCGGCAUCCUGGUGACGGACCUCGGCCCCGGCCCGGGUAGCCAGCAUGCCCCCGUGUCCCGGCUCUUCCCUCCCAGCACGGUGCCCGACUCCCUGGUGAAGGGUGAGCAGGGCCCCCUGCACGGGGGCAUUGCCCAGGUCCCUGCCGUGGGCGCCAGUGACUCAGCUCUCCGCUUGGACCGCUUGGGACCACGUCGGGACUGCCCGAACUCAGGACAGGCCUCUCCAUGCGCGUCCGAGCAGAGCCCUAGUCCUCAGUCCCCCCAGAACAACUGCUCAGGGAAAUUGCCUGCAGACCCCAAAAACGUGGCUGUUUUAAAGCAGAACCGGCAGAUGAAGCACAUCUCAGCCGAGCAGAAGAGGCGCUUCAACAUCAAGAUGGGCUUCGACACCCUGAACAGCUUAAUCUCCAACAACACCAAGCUGACCAGCCACGCCAUCACGCUGCAGAAGACCGUGGAGUACAUCACCAAGCUGCAGCAGGAGCGCAGUCAGAUGCAGGAGGAGGCCCGGCGGCUGCGAGAGGAGAUCGAGGAGCUCAACGCCACCAUCCUCUCCUGCCAGCAGCUGCUCCCUGCCACGGGCGUCCCCGUCACCCGGCGCCAGUUUGAUCACAUGCGAGACAUGUUUGACGAAUAUGUGAAAAGCCGGACUCUGCAGAAUUGGAAGUUCUGGAUUUUCAGCGUCAUCAUCAAGCCACUGUUCGAGUCUUUCAAGGGCGUGGUGUCUACCAGCAGCCUGGACGAGCUGCACCGGACGGCGCUGUCCUGGCUGGACGAGCACUGCUCCCUGCCCAUCCUCAGGCCAACCGUGCUGAACACCCUCCGGCACCUGAGCACUACCACGUCCAUCCUGACAGACCCUUCCCAGCUCCCCGAGCAGGCAGCAGAGGCUGUCACCAGAAUCAGCCAGAGAGCCGGGGAGUCCUAGCAGCGCUUAGUGGACACGUGGCCGCAUGGGAUGCCGAGGAGACCCUUCCCCACCCGCGGAGAGGAGGCCGCACCCCUCACCUCUCCCGCUUCAGGGCCUCCUAGCCUCCUCCUGUGGCCCCAGCCGCUCCGAAUGCUGCGCUCAGGUCUGAAGCAGGUUUGGGUCCUGCCAACAGCAAUAGCCCAGCUCUGGGAACCCCUUGCUGUGAACUCUGACUCAGCGACCUCAGUCACCGACCUCCCCUCGCCUCAGAGAAGCCCAGAUGAAGGGAAACGAGGGGACGCCGCCCCUCCCUGUCCUGUCCUGCUGGGGGGGUGUCGGGGGGAUGGGGGAGGGGGCGUGGCACCAGUGCAGGGAGCCAAUGGGCAGGAGGAGGCCUCACCCACUCCCCCAAGUUAGGACGCGUGAGGGUCCUUCCCAGUUGCUGUCGGACGCGCCCUCCUGUCGCGUCUCUGGCACCCCUGGGCUGUUGGAAGGCCUCCUUCCUCCCCUGACUCUGACCUAAUAGAGCGGAUGUCGGCUCGGGCUUCGCAGGGCCGGGAAACCCUACAGCACGUGUGCAAAGCAGUGGGUGUGUGUGCCCCAGAGGAUAAUGGAAGCACCAGUGACGCGGAGCUGCUUCAGUCCUGGAGAUCCCCCGGGCGAUGCUACGGUCUGUUUCACAAGUGGAUUUGGUUCCACUUGGCGUUGCGGCAGUCACGAUGGCACCAACCCAGGAAUCAUGGCGGGGACUCAGACAGGCCCUGCCCCCUCACACCCCGCCUGCUUCUAAGCCAGGAACAGCCGUGCUUGAUGGACACCACUAGCCCUGUGGGUGCAGCGUGUGAAACACCAGGCUCCACGGUGCUGCCAUCGACCGGGUCCCCUGACCUGGAUUGUCCAGCCGGGAGCCCCAGCCCAUCCAUCCCAGUUCCUGGACCAAAGAUGCCAGCACCCCCAGCAUCUGCCCUGUCUUGCGUUUGGAGGCAGAAAUUGACCAGUCGACACAGAGCUCCGAGGUGGCUGCCUCGGAGCUGUCUCCAGGCGGCUCCGGAUCAGACAGUCAGGAGUUGAACUCCGCUUUGGUCCAUGCAGAGGACUGUGGGGGCAGCAGGCUAUUUCCGAAGGUGGGAGUUACACCUGGAAGGGUUUGGAGGAGGGGGCCCCGGGCCAGUCCUCCUCGCGCCAUGUCUGCGGGAGCAGUUCCAGGCAGAAGGAUGCUCUCUAACACUCAGGAAGCCCAGCCAGGGCUACCUCCUCAUUUAAAGAAUGUGCUUUUCACGUCCUGCUGUGAAGUUCAGAGGCCAGCAGGCUUCCCCUUCAACCUCUGUCCUCCCUGCCUGAGAUGGAGACCUGCCCGAGCAAGGGCCAGGCCAGGAGUCCUGCGGGCUCGGCAGAGCUGCGGCGGGGCUGCUGCGGGCUGCUCGCUGCCAGGCCAGGAGUCCUGCGGGGCUAGCAGAUCUGUGGCGGGGCUGCUGCGGGCCACCCGCUGAAGUUCGGAUCCUUUAGGAGGCUCCCACUGGCUCCUGCAGGCCUGUGGAAGGUGCCCCGGGGGCAGCCCCGCCUCAGCCUCCGCUGAGGGAGGAUGGAGGGGGAUCCUCCCCGGGUGGCCAGUCGUGCCCCUGCCUCCAUCCCCUCAUCUGUGCGCCGGCCCUGUCAGGAGCGCCCCAGCGGCCCCCUCUGCCUCCCCAGAAAAUGUGUUUACAGGCCUUCGGAUGGCUCUCCUGAGGGGCGGGCACAGGACAGGCUGGGCCAGCCCUGCGUGUCCCCUGGGAGGUGGGAUGAGAGCCCAGCCUCCCCCCGGGUGGACACGAGGUCUCCCUCCAAGGGGGAAGAGCACUGCGAGGCUCGAAAGGAAAACAAAGGAAAAUCAGAGACGUUCCCGGCCGCAAGGGGCUGCAGAGGGUCCUGCGCUCAGCCGCACCCCGUUCCUGUGCCUUUGUCCACUGCGUGGGCGGCCGUGGAGCUUGGCCCAGCCACGACCUCUCUGAGAUCAAUAGCUUUCUCCCCACCCCAUGUUGGGAGUCUUUUUUUUUUUAGCUCCAUGGGAUAUAAAAUUGGCCUCUUGCUUCUUUGGCCUACCUCUCCUGCCCUUUGGCUGAUUUAAUGUUCACGAUUCUGUUUUUUUAAAUAUUUAAAGCUGUUAGGUUGUAUGAGGCAUUGAAGGGCGCGCGUGUAUGUGUCUGUGUGUCUGUGUGUUGGUGCGCGCAUGUGCGGGUGUGUGUAUGCAAUGUGUCCCAGCAGACGGUUAACUCGAUGCAUGUUUUGAGAUAUUUACUUAUCCGUUUUUCUUGGUGCUCACCAGUAUCACGGCUAUAGGGCCACAAAGCUGUAUUUCUUAACACAGACACAAUUGUUUCUUGCUCCGGAAGUUUUCUUGUUUGGGAGUCUUGCCCACCGAGUCUGGCCGGACGGGGCGGGGGGGUGGGGGUGGCCCUAGCUUUGACCUUUGUCCUGGGGUCCCCAGCCGGGGUGCGGGGACCCCCAGGGCUGCUCUGCCAGCUGCCUCCAGUGAAUGCUCUGAUUUGUUUACACUCCCUUUCACCCCGCCUCCUAUCUCUUCUCCUGUAAAAGAGACUUAAAAACGCUGAUUUUGGAGGAUACAAAAAUCAGUCUGAAAGGGAAAAAAAAACGCCUGCCUGGCAUACAGUCUCUGAAAGUGUUUCUGUGAAAUCUUACUGUGCCAUCAGCUCCCUUCCUACCGCUGGUUGCCCUUUGACGACGAGUGGGAAACGCAGGAAAAGAGCGGGGCUUUCUGAGGUCGGCCGGCCUGUCCCUGCUUCUGUCUCAGGCAGGUUACGCAUCAACCGGUCACCCCGCAUGCACACCGAGGAGGUCCCCAAACCGGCAGGCAGGCGCUUUCCGGGGUCUUCAGGGCACAAGGGAGAGUCCUGUCAUCAGGAGUCGGUGCUGAUGUGAGCACUGGGUCUCUUUGGGGAGGGGGUGGUGGGGUGCCACGGGCGACCCCGUACACUCAGCUCCCUCCACUCUGUCCUAGCGACCCGACCCCGCCUUCCCAACCAGACAGGUCCACUCUCUAGGUUCUUUCACUCCGGCUAGUAGAAAGAGAAACUUCGAUUCCAGGGGGACGUGGCACCACAGGGUGGGGCCGACUCCUUUGAGGAGGGCCUCAGGUGAAGGGGUGCAGUGAUCUUACAGGCACCCGCCCUCUCUAGGAGGGUGUGAUCCCAGACAGCACUCCUGUGUCCUCUCAGCCUGGGCCUCCCCUCUUUGCGCGCCUCGAAGAAUCCUGAGUGGCAGGCUCGCUGUUAUUGUCAAGGUGGUCACCGGUUUUCACGGUGCAGCUAAACGAGGGCUUGUCAGGGUGGAGCUGGGGUGGUGGGGGGUUCCAGGGGGCCCCAUCUGCAUGGGGCCUCCCUCACACUUGCGCAGUGUGGACCUGGCCCAGCUCUGGCUGACCUGCCCCACUUGGGUUUUUAUCUCGUCUGGUGGGCAGGCUUAGAACACUGCUCGCUGGAGCAGCUUUGCAAAGUGCCUCCCAGGUGGUGAGCUUGCCCAGAAAGGGAGCCGAGGAGCGCCGAUGUGGGCGCACGAGGAGCAAUGGGCUGUGGGUUUUUGCUCUGUGCUCCAGCGCCUCGUAUCUUAAAAGGGGAUUUUCACCUCAUCUGAACAUAAGGUGACAGGAGAGGGGAGCAAGGGUGGAGGGUGGCGGAGCUUGAACCUUCAACAUGUCAUACAUGUCGGUGGUUGCCAUGGCCUUAACCCGUCUAGCAGACAGGUUUGGGGGUUGGAGGGGCUCCAGGAACAGAGAGAAGCCUUACGACCCCCCGGGUGCCUCCACACAGAUCACCUGCCGGAUUUUCUUUUCCUUCUAAGGGACUUGGCCUUCCCUGCUCACCCCGUGGCAGGGGGAGCUACUGUUUUCUGUUGAGACUUAUGAAAAAUCAGCCUUUGAGAAAGAAAAGGGAACUUUUCCUGUUGAUUGUUGGCUUUGUGUGUGUGUGUGUACGUGUGUGUGCUUGCACAAGCCUGUGUGUGUGUGUUUACUCAAUGGAAUUCUAUUUUUGUGAAACUUCUUAACGAUUAUGUAGCAAAAUUCACCUCCAUCCCCCAGUCAAACUUUUGGUUCCAGAAUCAACCCUGGGCAUCACUCUUUUGAAGAAUUCUCUCCUGGGUUUCUAAAAUAGAGAUGGGCCUCCCUCAAGGGCCGAGGUCGGGGAAAGGGUCAGGAGAAACUGAAGUCUGGUGGCGUGUCCAUUGAGUCAACAUCCUGAAGCUGCAAGUAGGCAGGGCUCCGCCGGGGAGCCGCGAAGCCCAGGCUGUGUUUCUCAUGAGGGAGGCGGGCCGCGGCACCCAGGGCCGCUUUAUCUGAAUCUGUUCACACCACUUGUUUCGCUUGUGUAAUGCCACAGCUGAAACAGCACCUUUUCCUUUCUCGGGUUUCAGCUCGCGGUAUAAAUGGUUCAUCGUUUCUUUUUUUUCCCUGUUAUGCUCUCCGGUGACUGUGUCAGGGCUCCCCACCCAGGAGACAAGUCACCCCUCGUGGGCAGAAAAAGCAAAACCCCAGAAGAGUAUUGUUCACGGCAGGCUCCCUCAGGCCUGCGCCGCCCUGAGCUCGGUCGUUCAUGCUCCACUGUUGAGAAGCACGGUUCCACCAGCUGUAUCCAACACUACAAUGCAGUUCCCAAACUAUAUUUGCAUCCAAGACAAUAAACAGCCGUAUUUUUGGAAAA